AUGUCCAGAAUUCUUCGCCGCUGCCAUUCAACGCUCGGGUUCGUUUUUGACAUAGACGGUGUCCUUUUGAAGGGCCAGAACGCCAUUCCGCAGGCCAGGGAAACAUUGACGACGCUGCAGACUAAAAAGGUCCCGUUCAUAUUGUUGACAAAUGGCGGAGGAGUGUUGGAGUCUGCACGGUGCGAUUUCAUUUCGCAGAAGCUGCAAUUGGCCCAGCCGUUGCUGACGAGACAGCUGGUGCAGUCGCACACGCCACUGCGGACGCUGUCCAGCAAACACCGCCGCGUGCUUGUUGUUGGUGGGCCGGGAGACCGUGCCAGGGGUGUUGCUCAGGAGUAUGGGUUCCAGGAGGUGUUAAGACCUAUUGACCUGAUCAAGGCGAACCCAAGUAUCUGGCCGUUCCACAAGUAUACGACCCACGAGGUUGACGAGUGGGGGUUGGACCCCGAGCUGAGUCGGGUAGCUGUUGGCGGGACAAACGAGCCGAUCGACUCGAUUCUCGUGUUCAACGACCCGAGAGACAUGGGGUCGGACAUCCAGAUCGUCUUGGACCUGCUGAACUCGGAAAACGGUCUGCUGGGCACCCGCAGAACGAAAUCAACGUCUGUUCCGGCUGUGCCCAUCAUAUUCUCCAACAACGAUCUUCUGUGGGCCACCGACUUCAAGCUGCCGCGGUUUGGCCAGGGAGCGUUCAAAAUCAUGGUUCAGGCGUUAUACCAGCAAACAAACAACGGCAGUCCCUUGCAAUCGCUGACUCUGGGCAAGCCGUAUAAAGUGUGCUACGACUAUGCCCAUCAUGUUCUGAUAGACUACCGCAACAGUCUCCUCAGUGGGGACUUCAAUAGACCACCGUACAUGCCGCAACUGAACAGCAGUCCGGCCAAAACCCCGUUCGACAAGGUGUUCAUGGUUGGAGACAACCCGGAGUCGGACAUCCUGGGCGGCAACAACUACCACUGGGACACCAUUCUGGUGCGGACCGGAGUGUACAAGGACGGGGACUUUGAGCAGGACUCGAAACUGGCAAGACCAACGUUCGGAACGUUCGAUAACGUCAGGGACGGUGUUUUUGCAGCACUAGAAAAAUACGCAUGA